CGUCAAGGUCUUGACCUGCAAGCCAGCGUUGGGCUGGCGGUGAAAAAGAAAAUGCGUAAGAGCCUGGUCGACGCUUGAAUGGCAUUGUAUCACGUGCUCUAAGGCCGCUCGACAACCGCCGGGCGACUGUAAGCAACGGCCGCGACGCAGCGCAAGGUGAAGAGCGCUUGUACCGUGCAGCGUGGCUUUUCGAGCCUCCUGUUGGCGCCGUUUUUCAAACCCAGGCCCCUCUUCGAGAGGUGUCCAAUCAGACCGUAUCUGUUGCGACAUUGUUAUUUUCUCAGCCUGCCUUCGUCCUGUCUGAUAUCAUGUCGCUGCAGUCGUCUCCGAAUCCUUCCAAGGUCCGGUUAAGACUCAGCUCCCGCUUCAACUCAAGAGGCUCUCAAUCUCCAUUCCGAUCAGUCGUCUGAUAUCCAACCGGAUGGCCAACAAACCAAGCGUCCUAUUCGUGUGCGUUCACAACGCCGGCCGCUCGCAAAUGGCCGCGGCGUACCUUUCUCAUCUUGCCGGAGACGAGGUCGAAGUUCGUUCUGCUGGAUCAGCCCCGGCCGACUCCGUCAACCCGGUUGUUGUGGAAGCCAUGCUCGAGGAAGGCAUCAACAUCGCCGACCAAAAACCCAAGAUUCUCACACCAGACGCCGUCCAAGCCAGCGACGUUGUUAUCACCAUGGGCUGUGGCGACGCCUGUCCCUUCUUUCCCGGGAAGCGCUAUCUCGAUUGGAAACUCAAAGAUCCAGCUGGAGAAGGCAUCGCUGCCGUUCGUCCUAUUCGCGACGAGAUCCGUCGCCGCAUCGAGACUCUCAUAACGGAGCUGCGUUCUACAACCUGAAACAGUCCGGAAAGUCACUUCGCAGGCGCUCUGACCUCCCGAUUUUCGAGGUUCACAUUGCUGCUGACAAAGGAAAGAUUUGCUUCUCGCUUUAGACAAUCCUGGGUGGUGGCAGGAGGUAGAAUGUUAUUCAGUUUAUUGGUCCUAGACGAGGUCUACGAGAGAGACUAAGCGAUUAAAUCAC